AUGUCAUUCUGGCCAUUUGGACAGAAUCUCAAUCACUCUAAUAUCAAUAAGAUCCUAGAUGAGUAUUUUCAUGUUCUACAUGAACUGGAAAGGAUCAACCCAAGCGUUGGUAAGGCCAUUCCUGCGAUUUUUAACAACGUGCAGCAGCGGGGUACGAAUGACUCCCUGGAUUCUAUUCCGGAGGAGUAUAGCCAUGGCGAUGAAGUGAAAGCAGGAGGUGGAGAUCAGAAAAGUCGGUUUGAGAAGGAUGAUCAGCAAGAACGGUAUGAGAAGGAGGAAGAGGAACGUAGCAUGAAUUCCAGCGAGUCUUCCACUACAUCAUUUUCUUCUGGGUCAACUUCUAAAACGGAUUUGGAUGAGGAGGACAUUAGCAAUGCUACCGCUCCCAUGAUGGUCACCACGAAGAACCUGGACAACUCUUUCAUCGAAAGGAUGCUUGUAGAGACGGAGCUACUGAAUGAAUUAUCUAGACAAAACAAGACCUUACUUGAUUUCAUUUGCUUUGGGUUUUUCUUUGAUAAGAAAACGAAUAAGAAAGUAAAUAAUAUGGAAUAUCUGGUCGACCAACUGAUGGAAUGUAUCUCGAAGAUCAAAACCGCCACUACAGUAGACCUGAACAACCUAAUAGAUUACCAGGAACAGCAACAGCUUGAUGAUAGUUCGCAAGAGGACAUUUAUGUGGAAUCUGAUACGGAACAAGAAGAGGAGAGAGAGGAUGAUAAUAUCAGCAACAAGAAGAGACGAAAACGCGGGAGCCCUUCGUUUAGUAACAAUGACAACGAUGACAACAACAACGACGAUGCGAACGACGACGACGAAUCCGCUUAUUUGACGAAGGCCACUAUAAUAUCUGAAAUCUUUUCUUUAGAUAUAUGGUUGGUCAGUGAAUCAUUGGUGAAAAACCAAUCAUACUUAAACAAGAUUUGGUCCAUCAUCAAUCAGUCAAAUUUCAAUUCUGAAAACUCACCCCUGGUACCGAUAUUCUUAAAGAUUAACCAAAAUCUGUUGUUGACUAGGCAAGACCAAUAUUUAAAUUUCAUUCGAACGGAGAGGAGCUUUGUGGAUGAUAUGUUAAAACAUGUUGAUAUUUCCCUAUUGAUGGAUUUUUUUCUGAAAAUAAUAUCUACAGAUAAGAUCGAAUCUCCCACGGGAAUAAUCGAAUUAGUGUAUGACCAAAACUUGAUCAGCAAAUGCUUAAGCUUUUUAAAUAACAGAGAGUCACCAGCAGACAUCCAAGCCUGUGUGGGUGAUUUCUUGAAGGCUCUGAUUGCCAUAUCUGCUAAUGCCCCUCUAGAUGAUAUUUCCAUUGGUCCAAACUCCUUGACCAGACAGCUAGCAUCUCCCGAAUCCAUCGAGAAACUAGUCGACAUCAUGAUUAACCAAAGGGGUGCUGCAUUAAAUACCACAGUCUCGAUCGUCAUUGAACUGAUAAGAAAAAACAAUUCGGACUACGACCAAGUCAAUCUUUUAACCACUACUAUAAAGACGCAUCCGCCUUCAAAUAGAGAUCCAAUAUAUUUAGGCUAUUUACUCCGGAAAUUUUCAAAUCAUUUGUCGGAUUUUUUUCAAAUAAUUUUAGACAUUGAAAAUGAUCCCAACAUCCCAUUACAUGAAAACCAGUUGCACGAAAAGUUUAAACCUCUAGGAUUUGAAAGGUUCAAAGUAGUGGAAUUAAUCGCUGAGUUACUGCAUUGCUCUAAUAUGGGAUUAAUGAAUUCCAAAAGGGCUGAAAGAAUAGCCAGACGGAGAGAUAAAGUAAGGAGUCAAUUAUCUCAUCAUUUACAAGAUGCAUUAAACGAUUUGAGUAUCGAAGAAAAGGAACAACUUAAAACGAAGCACUCUCCAACACGUAACAUUAAUGACGACCUAACAAAUAAAAGCAGUAAAAAUAAUAAUGACAAUAACGAUAAUGAUGAUGAAAGUGAUUAUGGCGAUGAAAUAGACGAGAGCUUUGAAAUUCCAUAUAUAAAUAUGAAGCAAAACACAAAACUAAGGACUGACCCCACUGUAGGGGAUUUGUUCAAGAUCAAACUGUAUGAUACGCGAAUUGUUUCCAAAAUAAUGGAACUAUUUCUAACACAUCCUUGGAACAAUUUUUGGCAUAAUGUUAUAUUCGAUAUAAUCCAGCAAAUCUUCAAUGGCAGGAUGGAUUUUUCCUAUAAUUCCUUCCUUGUUUUGUCUCUAUUCAACUUAAAGAGUUCGUAUCAGUUUAUGACCGAUAUCAUUAUACCUGAUGAAACAGGAACCGAUGUUUCCAGAUUUACUCCCGUUCCUAUAGACCCAAAUUUUGAUUUCAAAAUAACUGCAGACUUUAUAUUAAAGGGUUACCAGGAUUCGUACAAAUUUUAUGAGCUGAGGAAAAUGAAUUUGGGAUAUAUGGGUCAUAUUGUCUUAAUUGCAGAAGAAGUGGUCAAAUUUUCCAAAUUAUACAAAGUGGAACUAAUAUCUCCUGAUAUUCAAGUGAUUUUACAAACAGAAGAAUGGCAAUACUACUCUGAAGAAGUGUUAAACGAAACGAGAAUGAUGUACUCAAAAAUACUUGGCGGUGGAAGUUAUAUUGAUGAUGGAAAUGGUAACAUCAUUCCACAGCUACCUGAUAAUAGUUCGGUACUAACUCCAAAUGGUGAUGCAAAUAAUAGUAAUGAAAUCUUUGAUUCAGAUACCGGGAUUAGUAAUGGUACAAAUGGUGGCGGCCAAUUGAUCAACGUCGAGUCUUUAGAGGAACAAUUGUCGUUAUCUACAGAAUCUGAUUUACACAACAAGUUAAGAGAAAUGUUAAUCAAUAGGGCUCAAGAAGACGUUGAUAAUAAGAACACGGAGAAUGGGGUUUUCAUACUGGGACCUCCGGAGGACAAGAACAAUAAUAGUAACAUUAACAAUAACAACCAUAAUACUACUAAUAAUAAUAAUAACGAUAAUAAUGAUAAUGACAAUGAUAAUGCUCGUAAUUAUAAUGAAGAUGCUGAUAAUGAUAAUGAUUAUGAUCAUGAAUGA